AUGAAAACUUUUACUCUUUUCUCAUCUUUGACCCUGUCAAUCUCGGUUGGCGCCCAGGCUGCAACCCUCUGUGACCAAUUUGCGACCUACAAACAAGACCCCUUCCUGCUGAAUAACAACCUGUGGGGUCAGGGCAGCGGCACCGGCUCUCAAUGCACCUACUUCGACGGUGCUUCCUCGUGGGAGGUCUCGUGGCACACGUCCUGGAAUUGGGCCGGUGGUGACGACCAGGUGAAGAGUUAUGCGAACGCUGGCCUCGAAUUUAACAAGAAACUUGUCAGCGAAAUUGGCAGCAUCCCAACCGCGGCGGAGUGGAGCUACGACAACACCAACAUCAAGGCGGAUGUUGCGUAUGAUUUGUUUACCGCGGCGGAUAUCAAUCACUCCACUUCGAGUGGCGACUACGAGCUAAUGAUUUGGCUCGGGAAAUACGGAUCCAUCCAGCCCAUCGGGUCCCAGAUCGCUACGGUAGAUAUCGGUGGCCAUACUUGGGAAGUCUGGUACGGCGGUAGCACGCAGCAGACCUACAGCUUUGUCGCCUCGAAUGGCCCAGUCACCUCCUUCUCCGGAGAUAUCAAGAAUUUCUGGGAUUAUUUGACUCACAACCAUGGGUAUCCGGCGUCGAGCCAGUAUCUCAUUACUUUGCAAUUUGGGACGGAGCCAUUCACGGGUGGACAAUCCACUCUGACUGUGUCCAAAUGGAGCGCCAACGUUGCUUGA